AUGCGAGAAUUGGCAGCAAAUUCAAUGGAGAAGUUAGCUUCAUGUGAAGGUGUACACCAAGGUUCUGUACUUAACACUGUUCUAUGCAUAACAGUUGUUGAGAUGAAAGUACGAGGCGAUUAUCUUUAUAAACAGAUCACAUGGUGCUCAUUACCGAACAGCAACAUCAGAAUUUUGAAACCUGGAGUCUUAUUUUUGAGAUUAAGUUUAAACAACAAAGUAGUGUCUCUCGUAGGAGUAGUGUUACAGUUGUGGAGCCAAGAAGAUGGCCGCCCAAUAUUCAACAAAAUUAUGAUCCGGGGAAGUUUUCAACAGAUUUUAUUGUGCUUUGAUGAUGUUAGUGUAAGAAGAAAAAAGAGAAAUGAUAAAUUGGUAUUUGAAAUGUCGAAUCAUAAUUUGCAAGAUGGAUAUGUUCCAAGUUCAUGCAUGACAGUUGAUGAACAAUCAGUUUCAUUCGGAGGGCGCUGCCCAUUCCAGAUAUUCAUUCCUUCAAAACCAUGGAAAUAUGGAAUUAAAAUUUGGGCAAUGUGCGAAAGUGAAACAUCUCAUGCCUGGAAAAUGCAAAUCUACACUGGAAAAGACCCAGUAAAAGUUAGAGAGACAAGUCAAGGUUCAGGAGUUGUUGAAGACCUAGUAAAAGAACUUGAAAAUACUGGUUGCAAUAUAAUUUGUGAUAAUUUUUUUACAAGUCUAGGAUUGGCUCGAAAGCUGUUUAGCGAGAAAACUCUUUCAGCUGGAACAAUUAGAAAGAAAAGAGUUGAACUUCCAAGUACUUUCACAAAUGGAUAA